UUAUCUGGGAAAUUUCAAUCAAUUUAAUCAAAUUGAAAUUUUAUUUUUAAAAUUGUUUAAAUUUCCACAAAAUAUAAAUUUUAAUUGAACUUUACAAAUAAAAAAUUCGCUAAAAAUAAAAGUAAAAAAGAAGUUAAAUAAAAAUUCAAUAAAAAUAUAAAAAGAAAUUAUACGUGAAAAACAAUAAAUCAACGCCAUGCACAAUAUGAAAACAUUGAAUAUGCCAACGAUGUCAGGAAAUUCUGCACACAAGUGCUGUUAUGCGGUGUACUCUUCCUUGGGAGCUGCCGCCCCUCAAUACCAACAAUAUCAGCCACAACAGCAACAACAAUUUGCCGGUGCCCAAUAUGCUCAAGCCUUGCAACAGCCCCAAUAUAGCCCAGCCGCCACUGCUGCUGCUCCACAAGUAGCUGCAUACCAACCAGCUGCCGCUGCCGCUUCUCCUUACGCUCAAACUUUGCAACAAUAUCAACGUCAACAGCAACAACAACAACAACCCCAAGUACAAGCUCAGGCUCAAGCCCAAUAUGCCGAACAAUUGAGAGCCUACUAUGCCCAGCAACAACAACAGCAGCAACAACAACAACAAUUGUAUGCCCAACAACAGCAACAACAACUUUUGAAACAACUUUACUCUAGCCAACCCACUGCUGCUGCCCCUGCACAAGCCACCGCCGCCCCUGCUGCCCAACCCCAACAGGCCAAUCAAUACUUCACCGCCGAACAAUAUGCCAGCUACUUGACCAACCAACAACAACAGCAACAACAACAACAAGCUGUCAAUGACCAACAACAAUACUACUCAGCUCCCACCCAAGCCACUCACACCAGCGCUUACACCACCACCGCUGCUCCCGCCAGCGACUCCACUACCGCCCCACGCAAUGGCUUGCAAUACUCUGCCGCCGAUCAAGUGUCUCAUGUCAAAUUCCAAAGUGGCAAUUUGGCCUAUAACUUUUAAUUUAUAGCUAAUAUACUUACGUGAGCGUUUGGCAACGGGUUGCCAUUGAGUGCCACCCUUUUUGCUGUGUGUUCUAGUGUUGUUUUAUUUUUCAAAAUUUGUAUUUUUUGUGCAAAAUUUAUUUUUUUUUAUUAAAUUAUUUAUCAUGAUUUUUUAUUUGUUCGCUCUUCCUAGAUUUAGACAAAAAUUUUUAAUGUUCUCAAUUGGAAAUUCAUUUUUCAAAAUAAACAACAAUAUGUUUUAAAUAUUAAUUAUAAA